AUGGUGGCAACUCAAGGGAUCGGCCUGAGAACUUCUGCAUCGGGAGCAGAGAAAAGCUUUCAGGAUAGAGACAAGCCGACCGGUGUGAGAAACAGCAACAUUAUUGCUGCAAAAGCCGUGGCGGAUGCUGUUCGAACAUCCCUUGGACCACGUGGGAUGGACAAAAUGAUCCAAAGUGGCAAUGGUGAUGUAACAAUCACGAAUGAUGGGGCCACGAUUCUCAAUCAAAUGUCUGUCAUCCACCCAACAGCUAAGAUGCUUGUUGAGCUUUCAAAGGCUCAAGAUAUCGAAGCCGGGGAUGGAACUACGACGGUUGUCGUCAUAGCUGGGGCUUUGCUUGAUGUCUCAAUGAAUCUUCUUUCAAAAGGGAUUCAUCCAACCACGAUUAGCGAGUCUUUCCAACGAGCUGCCGGAGAAGCCGAGAAAAUACUCGAUUCAAUGAGCACUCCAGUUGAUUUGAGCAACGAUGAGCUUUUGGUGAAAAUGGCAACAACUUCUUUGAAUAGCAAGGUGGUUUCUCAACAUUCCUGGCUGCUUGCUCCAAUGGCAGUGAAUGCUGUGAAAAAGAUUGUUGAUCCAAGCAAAGACACCAAUGUUAAUCUAAGUAUGAUAAAAAUUGUCAAGAAACUCGGAGAUACUGUUGAAGAAAGCGAAUUGAUUGAUGGAGCGCUGAUCGAUCAGAAAACGAUGGGGCGUGGAGGGCCAACACGUGUAGAAAAGGCAAAGAUUGGUCUCAUCCAAUUCCAACUUUCGGCACCAAAGACGGAUAUGGAGAACCAAGUUAUCAUCUCGGAUUACACUCAAAUGGAUCGCGCUUUGAAAGAAGAACGACAAUAUCUACUCAAUCUUUGCAAGCAAAUCAAGAAUGCAGGAUGCAAUGUGCUGCUGAUUCAAAAGAGUAUUCUUCGCGAUGCUGUUUCGGAGAUGUCACUGCACUUUUUGGCAAAAAUGAAGAUUAUGGUGGUGAAGGACAUUGAACGAGAAGAUAUCGAGUUUUAUUCAAAGAUUCUUGGCUGUCGUCCGGUGGCUUCGGUGGAUCACUUUGUUCCAGAAGCUUUGGGAUCGGCAGAACUUGUUGAGGAAAUAUCUACGGGCGGUGAAGGCAAAGUCAUCAAGGUGACUGGUGUUCAAAAUCCCGGACAGGCCGUGUCGAUUCUUAUUCGUGGAUCGAAUAAGUUAGUACUUGAAGAAGCUGAUCGCUCUUUGCAUGACGCACUCUGCGUUAUUCGAUGCCUGGUCAAGAAGAAGGCAUUAUUGCCAGGUGGUGGCGCUCCUGAAAUGGAAGUUGCGUGCAAACUUCGAGAAAAAGCCCAGGAAGGGAGUGGUGCUGAACAAUAUUGUUGGAGAGCGUUUGCUGAUGCUUUGGAACUGAUUCCUUACACGUUGGCUGAGAAUGCUGGGCUUUCUCCAAUCGAGACAGUGACUUCACUUCGCACUGAGCAUGCAAAUGGAAACUCCAAUUUUGGAGUGAAUGUACGCAAGGGUUAUGUGACCAAUAUGUGUGAAGAAGCUGUUCUACAGCCAUUGCUUGUGAGCCUUUCGGCAAUGAAAUUGGCUGCCGAAUGCGUGCGCUCGAUUCUGAAGAUUGAUGACAUUAUUCUCGGUGUUCGC